AUGGAUUCAGACUCAAUAUUCCAACAAAGAAUCAAAUACUACGAUUUAGAUUUUGACCCUGAGAAAGAAAACCAUUUGAAGAAUAUUUUUGAUCCAAAAUCUAAGUGGUUUAGUAGAAAUGUAAAACCGUUGAUUAUGAUGGAAGAUAAUCUCCCUUAUACUACAGAAACUCAUACAGAAAGAGCGAAAUACCUGUGCCAUAUUUUAGUUAAUCUUUAUAUUGCUAUUAGUUCACUGGAUAUACAAGGAUUGGUCAAUAUUUCAAGUAAAGAUUUAGCUGAAUUCAAGAACGAAGUCGAUAGUUUAGAACUAAAUAGUGACUUCUUUUCGUUAAGCUAUGCAAAUGAUGAAAUAUCACAUUUAGAUUUAAAAAGACAUUUCAAUCCUGUUUCAAGUCCUAAAUCUCCUGCUAGUAAACAGACUGUCUUCAGUGAUGAAGAGAUUGAACAGUCUGAGGCUGAGGGACUCGAAUUGAUUGAUAUGAGUUCUUCUGGUAAAAUUACUAAUUUUUCAGCUACAAUUAUUAGCGUCAAUCAUUGGACAAACGAGCUAAGAAACUGUUUGAAAUUCAACAUACCUCUUUCUUUACGAAAAAAAUUAGUAAUAGUAUUUUAUCAAUUAUCAUUAGUCCAAGGUCAGAAGAUAUCACGUCAUAUUUAUAUCGAAAUGUUUGAAUUUUUAUCUGAUAGAAACAACGAUGGUACUGAUUUUACAGAGCUUCUAUAUGAAGAUGGUUUACGACUAGAUCACAUUCGUCUAUAUAAUUUCUUGUUUGAAUUUUUACCAACACCGGAUUCAGACUACGUCAAAAGAGAUUUAUCUUCAAAGGAGGACUUAAACCUUUUUAAGCUGCUGCUGAGGUUAGCAGAUGAUGCAAAAAUAUUUUUUGAUGAAACAAAUUUAACACUAAUGAAAGACAGCAUGGACAAAAUUAUAUCGAGCCUAGCACCAUCAACUAUGUCAAUAAUCCUGCCAUUAUUAACAUCAAGUGUUCCAUUUCAUUAUAAUGAAAUGCAUAAGAUAACUGAUUAUUCAUCUUUUAUGUACAGUAUUUGGAACACAUCUAGUCCAAAUGUAGCCAUAGACACGCAUUUAUACGACUUUAUCGGAAAUUUAGCCGAAUAUUCGUAUUGGAAUUAUGUCAAAAAUACUGACAUUAAAAAGUAUAUCGAAUUUGAUAGAUUUGGUAUUUUUAAUGAAUCACAGUUAGAUUUUAUGUUUAACAGAAUACAAGGACAUUUAAAAAACGAUUUUCAAAUACAUUCACAAAGCAGGACGAUUAGGCCAUUGAUUUAUGCCAUUAAUGGAUCGUCUAAUGAGUUAUAUUUUGAAAAAUUGGAAAAGCUAUCUAAGUCAUUAGUUACAUAUGUGCAUCCUUCUAAUAAUGGACAUUGGACAAAAUUGAUUGCAAAAUUCGUACAAUGUUUUAUCAAAUUCUAUCACAAAAGAUAUACUGAUGAAGAAAAGGUAAGAAAAAAUGGGAUAUCAAAUAAAGCUAUGUUAAACGAAGAUACUCAUGAGGAACUAGUAAGAAUUUUUACACAUUUACUAAAUAUUGGAUCUCAAAAUAAGAACGAAGAUGUUUCAAACUAUUACAUAUCAAGCUAUACAUAUCUUCUGGAUUUAAAUCCACCUAACUCAAACUUAAUUUAUGACCACAUUAUAUUGGAGUUAUAUGACGCAUUUAGUGGUGAAUACAUCAAUUCGAAACAGAGAAUUAUUACAUCUAUCAAGAAAUACUCAAAUAUCAUGAGAUUUAUGGUUAUGGAGAAACUGUAUCGUGUUCACAUAACUAACAUUUUUGUGACGCUUAUUAGCAAAUUGGAUUAUAAUGAUCUACAAUUAUCCAAUUGUUUAAUUAAGGGAAUUAUCGGAACGGCAACCUUUAUCCCACUUGAAGUACCAUCUUCUGAGGAUGGUCACUAUACUUUUGAAUCAUAUACAUUACCAUUUAUUCAACAACAUUAUGAACAUUUAAAAUUCAAUGCUGACAAACUUUUUUAUUAUGAAGCAGAAUUCUUAGACAUGGCAUAUAAGGGUUCUUCCACUAUCAUUCAAAAUAGCCUACAACAAUAUAUUGAAAAAAUCUUCCAAUUUUUCACAAUUGAUAUUGAAGAUACUCUUAUAAUGAAAAUGUGCAAUACUACUAUGAUUAUCAUAGAAUCCAUGAGUGAUGACAUGUUUGAAUACUUUUCCAAAGUCUUUCAAAAGUCUUUCUGGAGUAUUGAUGAUUUUGGAGAAAAAUCUCCUAAUAACGAAUUAUUAACUAUACAGUUAGCAGCUCUUGUAAAGAGAGAUCAUUCAUUAAGCAAAAAAUUGUACUCACAACUUUCAUAUAAUAUUAAAGAGCAAAUCCAAAGAGGUGCAGGUUCAGUAAGAAGUGCCUCUGAAAUUCAACAGAGGGAUUUUAAAUUGGUUUUGUAUUUAACUGCUCUAAAUGAUAUUCUAAGACAAAGCCACUCAGCCAUUCUCGAUUUUCAUGAAGAACUUCUUGAUUUUCUCAAAGAAUUGUACAAAGCCAUUACGAAUCCUCCAGUUGCUGUUAUUACAUCAAUAUUAAUUCAUAGUAUCUUAACAUCUUUGACUAUAACUGAGAUCAUAGAUUUUAGACAAUUUUCUGAAUUUAAAAAUAUUUCUUAUGAAGAAAAAUGGGGUGCUUACCAAUUUAACAAUAAUAAAUUCCUAAAAGAUAAUUUGAAUUUCAAAUGGCACAUACCAAGUGAUAAGGAGGUGUCAGUGGCAAUUGACUUCUUUGAUAAAAUAUUUGACUUCUGUAAGUCCCAAGUUGAGAUUAUCAUUACUUCCGAUAGAGUUGAUUCUAAAAGUAGUGAUAUUUUCCAAAAAUAUUUAUUAGUCACAAUUCAUGCUAUCUCUGGUAUUAGCAUAUUGUUUGAUCCAGAUUUUAAUAGGAAUAAAUCAAAACCCGCCGAUGAAUUAACCUAUAAGGAGAAAUUAUUACUUGUUAAAAAUCUUAAUGAAAAUAAUCUUGACGGAAAUGAACUAGAUAUAGAUGUCGAAGCUAUUUCCUCAAACAAAGGUGAAGAUUAUUUUGAAAUUCAUUCUGGUGAUGAGAGUUCAGGUAUAGUAGAAGUGACGGAAAACUUAGAUCAAUUAAUAAUGGAAGACAAUACCAAUGUAUCCGAACCUCCUACUACUUUCGGUACACCAGUUAUUGGUGCUAGCAACAAUUUACCUAUGUCUUCAUUGAGUUCAAGUAUCUCCUUCAGAGAUGUAGAUAUUUAUUCAUUCAACUAUUUUUUUGGGAAUACUAUUGAGGAAAAGUUUAGCAACAAAUUGUACUUUCACAUUCACAAUACUAGAGACAAGGUAGGAAAAUAUUUUCACAAACUGUAUUUAUUUUUAACAGAUAACUUUGAAAAUUACACAACAUUAUUUCAGACAUUACUGCAUGGUAUGAAAGUUUGGAUUACUGACGUUGGAAAAGAAACCGUGUUUAAUGAAGAUCCAAGUGCGCUGUUAGAUUGGUCUUUUAAUACUAAUAUACAAAGCAUUUCACAUCGUGAGCUACCAUACACUAGGACAUGUAUUGCUUUAGAAAUUGAUCAAUUUCAUAAAAAUAGAGUUCUUUCAAGAUCAACAAAUAGAAGACCUUCAAAAGUUGAGUCAAAAUUAUUAAAAGAUAUCUUUUUACUCUCCAUAUCUGUUUAUCCUGACAUUUACAAACCAGCACAGUCCGCUCUAGCACAUUGUACUAAACAAAUAAUUGGAUCUUAUUCAUUUAUUAUCAAUACUGCGCUAGAAUCUCUAAAGUUAUCAAUAACUGAAAAUGAUUAUAUGAAAACGGAAGUGAUACUUAAGACUUUGAUGAUUAAGAAGAUCCAUUACAAACUUAUGACUGAUUAUAAAAAUAUUGAAGUGUGUGUAAUGACUUUACUUGAAUGUUGUAAAAUUGAAAAACUCGACAUUGCAAUGUAUGGGAAUAAGAUUUUAACAGAUGUUGUAAAUAAUCUGAAAAUACCAUCCAGUGUAUGCAUAUAUGAUGAACAUGCAAUAAGUUGCCUGGCCCCACCAGAUAACUCAAUUCAACUGCAAAUUGAUACUGUGAAGAAAGCAAAAAAUAAAAAGAGAGAGCUAUAUAUAUCUCUUCUUACAAAACUUCAGAAUCAGCUUAUCGAGUUAUUAAGACAGACUCCUGAUAGUGAUUGGAAGCGUAUUUCUUUUAUAAUCAAAUUUGUGACCUCCUUACAGUCUAAUCUUCAAGUAUCAAAUAAUAAAGAAUUCCUUCUCAUUUUAUUCGAGAAAACGAAGUCCACAAAUCCGCAUAUAAUGCAACUAAGUAUUAAAUCUAUCCUAAGAGUAAUUAACAAGAUAUUCUCAUUAUCUGAUUACGAUUACAACAUUUCCAAAGCUUCGGAGAGUACUUUUGAUCCACAUUUCUUUGAGAGGGUUGCUACUAUUUCUGAUGAAUUUAACGAUAACUUUAGAAAUGAAAUGAAUAAUUUUGAUAAGCCAAGUUACUUUAUUGAUUCAAAAAUGUAUAAUGGAUGGAUAUGCUGGGGCAAUGAGAUGAGAGUUAUGAAGCAAGGUACAAUUGAUCUCAAAUUAAAUGAAUAUGAUUUCUCUAUUUUGAGAACCUUUUCUGAAUUGAUGGAUGUCGAAUGGUUUAAACAAUUAGUUAUUCAUUUCAUACAAGAAAAUGAGGCCAAAAAUGUCAUCUCAAGUGCUCAUGUUUCCUUAUUUUAUCUCGUGAUCUACUGUUGCACAAAAUUAAACUCUAAAAUAGAAUUAGAUGAAAUAUUAAAAAUAUGUGAGGAUAAUUAUAAGCCUACUGAUAAGGCAAGUAUGGUAUUGUCUUUAGAAAUAUUCUCUUCCUUGAUAUAUGGUAGUAAAUAUUUUGAUGAAGAAACGAAUAAAAAAUGUGAAGGAUUCAUUGAAACAUUUAUCAAAGAUUGUCUAGAGAAUGACUUAAAUUCUGAUGCCUUUAGUAUAUGGAGUACAGUUUGCUGGUGGUUACCUACGGUUUCUGAUAUAAGAAGAACUCCUGCUUUUUAUAAAAUCUUUUCUGACAUUACCAUCCUUAGAGAAGUCAACUCUGAAAGAAUGACAGAGCAAACUCACAGGAUUAUUAUGUACAAAAAUAUAUUAACUAGUUUAGAUUUUCGCUGCCCAAGUUUUAAAAAAGUUUUUGAUUCUAUGGUAUUCGAUCAUCCUUAUGAUAACGUUCGUCAAUCGAUUGCAAAGCUAUUGUCUACAAUGAUACAAAAUUCUAGUAAUUUAUCUUUAAAGUCUACAGAUGAACUCAUUAAAAAAACAAAUAACAUUGAUAGUAACGAAGAGAUUGGGAUUCCCAUCAGGAAGAUGCCUGAAUUUAUGGAUAAAUUCAUAAGGAAUCAAUUCAAGGAAAUUACGAAAGAACAACAAAAUAUUACUAAUCUAACUCCACAACUUUUAUUGAAGAGCAGAUUUUAUUACUUGACUUCUACUAUGGUUUAUUUACUUAGAGAAAUAUUAAGGGGUCCAAAUAAAAUCUUAUUUGUACCUUAUCUGAUGAAUGGCAUUCUUCCGUUCCUAAUUGAAAUGAUGAGACAUAAAGAUAUGUGUAAACUAGCAAAUAUUAAUCCAACGUUCCUAUUUAUCGGAAUUGCAUAUCUACCUAUCACAAACAAAAGUGUAUUAUCAGACAUGAUUGAUAUUCUAUGUAGUAACAGGCUAAUGCUUGAUACAUCGCUUCAAAUACAAUUGAAAUUGAAAUUGAUCGAGCAUUUUUACUCUUCCAAUUUAUUAAAUUUUGGUAACGAUAAGAAAAACCUUAAUAUUAUAUUGAAUUAUAUUGCCAAUGACUGUUUAUUUAAUGAAAAAUUUGUUGAAGUUAGAAUCGAAGCUUCUAAAGUCCUAUCCGAUAUUAUUCAUAACUUAAGCCCUGAUGAUACAGUAUUUCAGAAUUUGAUUAACAAAUUCGAUGCUAUUUUAAUCGAUUAUAACAAGGACUUUAGAGGUAAAAAGGUUAAAGAACGUAAAGAAAUUUCCCAAAAGGAUAUAAGAUUACAUGGCAGCAUUUUAGGUAUCGGAUCUUUUAUAUCGGCGUUCCCAUAUGCAUUCCCUCUACCUAAAUGGAUCCCAGAACAAUUGAGUUUAUUAUCAUAUUGGGCUAGAGUAACUGGAUCUUCAGGAACUUCUGCAAAAGAUAUUAUCGGUGAUUUCAAAAAACUCAGAACAGAUACUUGGGAGUUUGAUAGAGCAUCCUUUACAAAUGAACAAUUAGAAGAUUUGGAAGGUGUUCUAUGGAGGAGCUAUUAUGCAUAA